GUGCGGAAACAGAGAAGCGGGACGGGGGGAGAAAUGAACUUAUCUCACUGGAAUUUGGAUACAGAAGUACCCGUUCCUGAAAAUAAAAACUUCCCACCUGAAAGGGAUGGUGCCACAGGUGGCAAAAUUAACAAGAACCAUUUGGAAAUUCCAGUAGAGCAACUCAUGCUGGAACUUACUUUGUCAGAGCAUGCUCCCAAAACAACACAGAAUAGUAAACAAGGGAUAUUCCGGUUAUGGAGUUAUCCUCUCAGCAAAGGAAGUGCCACGGAAAACAGGGAUUUCAAAAAAUCUUCAAUGGAAACUGGCUGUAAUGUGACCAGUAAUCGCAUAAGGCUCUUCGCUGUGAACCACUCACUGACAAGUGCUUCGGUGGACAAACCAGUUGGCUCCUACCCUGCCCUGCAGACGCCAUUAAGUCACUGCUGGCCUUAUGCUGAUGGAGACUUUUUUAAGGACAGAAAUGAGCCUCAUAUUAAUUUAUGCUCAACUCUAGGAAACAACAGUGGCGAACUUUUAACUGCGCCAAAUUGGAAUCUGAAGUAUGGAAACAGCAGUGUGGAAGAAAAUUUAACAGAUGAAAGUGAUUUAUCAGAAAAUGAAAAAGCAAACGAUACUUUACUCAGCUGUUUUAAAAAGAUGGACCUGAACUUAAAGCCAGAAACAAUAGAAAAUGUUGAAGACUCUUUCACAGAAGAACCAAGUGAAGUAUUUCCAUAUCCUGAUUUUCUUCCCCCUCCUUUCAAUACCCUGGACUUGCACAAAUUAGCCAUCUCAAAAUCUGAAAAUUGGAAAAUGACAAUGGAGUCCCUAGACAGCUCUCUGGAACAUUUGGUAGCUCGUUUACUGGACAUGGAGAGAUUGCAGCGCGUGACUAUUCAGAGAGAACGGCCGAGACUGCAGACGUCCUUCUGUGCUCCCUUAGCCGCCGAACAACCUGCUUCCUCCAAAGCUGCACCCAAAAUGAGACAGCCCAAACCUUCCGACUCUGUGGGUCUUCAGCCAACUUGUGUAGAGAAAAGUCAUGAGGAAAGGAAAACCAAUUCUGGUUCUUGCAAGCUUGAAUACAAUGCUCCCAAGUGGAAUUGCAGCCGUGCUGGGAAAUACAGGUGGAAUUCUAGACCAGCUCUGAAAACCUCACCCACCACAAAACAGGUGAUUGCAGCUUACGACGACUUUAAGAACCCCAAGGUCUCCAUUUUAAACCCAUGCCAAGAACUCUCAGCCAAGCCUGCUCCUGCCCAGACAACUCAGUUGCUGGUUAAAAUGGUCUCAACCAGAUGUCUGCCACCAAAGUCUCCUACACCAGUUUCACCUAUACCUCUGUCUUUUCCUGAAAAUCAGAGGGAAGAAAUUAAGGCACCACCAAGGACCAGAAAGAAACUUUACCGAAAAGACAUGGUACUGAACAGACCAUUCUGUAUUCAGAAGCUAAACUGUUAAUCACCUUCGUUGACAGCUAAGGAUAAGUGCUCACCCAUUGACCAAAAAUAACUCUUUUCUUUCCUGCAUCUCAACGUGAGCAAGUCUAUUCCAAGAAGCCUGGCUAAAAUAUGGUUCCUUAUUCCGAGAUACAGGUAUUACACACACACACACGCACACACACAAUAUUCCUGAAUGUGCUGUGGAGUGGAACUUGUGACAGUCACGGCUGAGAUGUCUACAUAUAAACCAAGGGCUUCCCUGAUGACAUAUUUGAGUCUCUUACAUGUUAUGUUUCAAAGGAUUGUUUCACUUAGAAAGCCAUUCUAUUCAAGAUGGUUCUUUUGUUGUGAUUGUU